AUGUAUUUUUUCAUCGUGAAUGACUACAUGAAACCAACAAAUACAUUCUGCAGGAUCUACUUAAUUGCUUUUGAAUCUUUGGACAAUGCGAAUACCUUAGUUUUACUCCUAAUUGUUGUGAACCAGUAUAUAUGCAUCACCAAACCAAAGGCUCUUUAUGACAGACUUUUCAGACGUAUGAACAUUGUUUUUCUGAUUAUAGGCAUUUACAUUUUAGUAAUUGUUAAAGCGAUACUCAUGAAUACAAAAUUCCUGCAAAUUUUCGACAGUUUCUACAUGGAGUGUCGCAACAUUGGUGAUAUCAACCCAAGACUAAUCAAAGUUAUUCUUGGUGUAACUUGCAUCGCAAUUAUUAUCUUGCUUUAUGUAAGCACCAUACAGUAUCUAAGAAAUUCUUUGAAAUCUAAGAAAACAAGACGAAGAGGAAACACUGCCAUACACAAAAGGUAUUGCCUCCUUGUACUGACUUCAAUGUUUACGGAAUACACACCAGAGAUAAUGAUAACAUUUGUAAUAAAAUUCAACCCAGUAUAUUGGUAUUUACAUCCAUGGGUAAACAUUUUGGAACUAAUAUCUUUUGUCACACAUGCAUACUUUUUUGUUUAUAAAGUGAAGUCGUAUGUGGUUGCAUAUAAUGCUUUCAUGAAGUGUAGAUCUCCAAGACAACAAAGGAGAGAGUCGAAACGACAAACUAUUAUAAGGAAUAUUCAGAGUGAAUACAAAAACAGGACAAAUUGUUUUAUUAAGGAUCUCAAAGGUGAAGAACAGGAUGAUAUUGUUAAAGACAUUCAGCCCUUGGAAUUAGGGAC